AAGAAGGUCUUCAUAAUAUAUGAGUGCAAGCAAGUAACAUUAGUGAUUGAUUCCACGAUUAGUGAGUGAAAAUCAUUGCAAUUAACACAACAGUUUAGCAAUAAUUUAGUGUUCUCACAUUUAAUGCAUGCUGAGAAGAACAAUGAGUGAGCAAUCUACAAAGAAGCAAUCGGUGUUCGACCGCCUUCAGGAACUUUACAAGCUCCUGGGAUACCAAGAUGAGAUCAUUUGGGAUUUCUAUAAGCCUAGUGAUACCGAGGAGCUAAAGAAAAAAGUGAUGCUCGCCAUAGGCGUGACAGAAGAGCAAGAAAUGAAGGAGAAUUGUAUCGCUACAGAAGAGGAGGUGGAAGAGGCGAAAAAAGCCAUGAAAGCUUACAAGACGAAUAUGGAGCUAGUGGAUAAGAUAUGCGCUAGUAUUUGGCGUCAAGCAAAAUAUAAUGGUGGUAGUCUUGUGAUGGGAAUAUCUUAUGUGUGUACUGUCAAAGAAGAUGCCUUCCCAUUGCCACUUGCACACCUAAAUACUGCAUUCGAAACAACUCCUAUAUUUCGCAUCCAGAAAUGCAUCAACAUGAAAGAUUUGUCCACUAAGAAUUGUUGCAUGAUCUUUGUGGAUGUACAUGCAAGAGUUUAUGAAAAUUGGGAAGCUUACUGUAAGGAGAAUCUUCUUCCUGAAUGUAUUAUAGUGGCUCCUAAAAAGGGAAUUUUCAUGGGGAAGAUAAACAAAAUCGAUGAAUGGGAGAUAGAUAUUGAGAAGUUCCUAUCACCAGCUGCUCAACCAACUGGACGAUUUGCCAAGUACAUGGACAUGACUAGUACUGGGCUUGGAUUGACCGCUUCGGCUGUCAUGAUUGGUACCAUGUUUGCUCCUAUUCUGGCCCCAGCUGCUGGAGCUGCUGCCGUAGCCGGGGCUGUUUCUGGUGGAUGGUCCAUAUUAAGAUCAGGUCAAACUCUUGCGGAUCGCAGUCAACAUGAACAAUCUAUAAAUAUGAUAGAUGCCGGAGCACGAUCUUCAUGGUUAGGUGUUGCUGCCGGAAGCUUGGGAUUUGCAUCCGGGGCAGCUGGGAAAGUUUUGAGUUCUAUGGCUACCAGUGGUCGCACUAUCUCACCUUUCCUUAAAAUAACCUUUACUAGCUUGAAUGCAUCAACACUGAUUGUCAGUGGAGCUAGCACUAUAAAUGGAUUCAUUGAUGUUCUAUUUCUCAAUGACGAUAAACCUACAGCAUGGCAAGUUGCUCAAUUAUCAGCAUCCCUCUUCAUCUUCACCCAUUCAGUUUAUAACUUCCAAACAGCUGAUAGCCUUAUCAGCACACAUCGUGAUAUGACAUUGAAGGAUAUAAGGGAUAAUCUGAGUGUUAAACAGAAGCGUGCCUUCGAUAAGAUGGCUAAAGAAACCAUUAGGCUUAAUGGUGAAUCCCAAGGUAAAGCUGACAUUAUUCGCUCAUUGAGAAAGGUUCCCGAUCAUAAAGCAUACUUUAGAGAUAUGCAAAAGAUCAAUAAGGAUCUCAACAGCGCAAAGGUUAAGGUAUCCUUUGGAGGUAAUAGUGAGCCAUUGCUCAAUGGACAACCGUCUAAGGCUAUGCCCAAUGAAAUAAGAGCCAACCUCAAGGCAGGUUCGGCUGCGACAGUUUUCGAAGGAGUUGCUCCGCAUGAUCCACAAUUAGGUGCAUCACAACCAGGAAAACUGAACCUGACAUCAAAUAGCAAUUACAUGACCUGGAUAAACACCGCAACCCUUAUCUUGAACAACCUUCCGCAUGCCAUUGGUAGCGACGCAAAGGAAACUCUUUUGAACAUUGCUAAGAUGUUAACUGAAUACCAUUUCAGUAAGUUUGUCAUGUUCGUUAGGAACUUUGUUGGAGAGUUUGGCACUGAAAUUGAGAGGAAAAUGAGGAGAGCCAUAUGCCUUGAGGAAUAUAUUCAGACGAUAUUUCGAUUUUUUGAAGAAAUGGCCAGAGAUAUAGAAAUUUCAAUUAUAGAUUUCAUUGAAGAUUUGCGCAAUGAAAGCAAUCAAAAUGCUAUACUUAAGCGGAAAAUCAAACAAUACUACUCCAGAGAUUUUCCUCCAGAACCAAAUAAGCAAUGUUCAAUUUGCAACGGCCGGUACUAUGAGCCGGAAAUGUCAACAUAGACUAAGAAGUCUGUUCAGAAACACUCACUAGGAAAAAUCAAAGUAGUUUUAUAUUUCUUAUUCCUGAAGAGAAAAAAUUCUUAUGAAAUUCCAAAAAUUUAGAAAGUAGGAUAUUUAAAAAAAGAUUUUUUUUGAUGUCCUAUGUAUAUGAUGAUUUAUGUACUUUCAUUAAAGGGGCAAUAAAAAACUUUAUAACUUAAA